AUGUGGACGCUGCUGGGAGUAGAUGAACAAAAUGCAGAAUUUCGUCGGUUUAUCGAAGCCUCAAAGGUUAAUGUAGUGCUCAAACCGGUAGUCAAAACUGCAAGACAAGCAGCUAUCUUGGAAGUUCGGUGGAGCCACUUUUCGACGGCCUUCACACCAAAAUUUGCAAUCACAUGCAUUUUUCCCGACGGACACGACGAGGCAACGGUACAGUGUAACUAUGGAAACCUCCAAGAUCGGCACACUUUUGACAUCGGUUUUGACUACCAGCCUGGCCUGGAGUUGCUUGCCCAAGUUGCCGAGACUUGA